AACAAAAGCAUAGAAAUCCGCCCACUUGUCACUUGGGAAAACCCCUUUUGCUUACUUUCAAAUCGAGGCUCGAGAUGGGAAUUCCCGAGAUAAAACCACUCGCCGGCAACGAAGCUCUGAGAGUACCGUGCAUGCCAGGUCGAUUACGAGAAGCUCAGUGUCGGGGAAUAAGCGGGCAUGGCUUCCUCGGCGACUGCUCGUGCAAUUUUUGCCCCUUUUCGCUUGUUUUCCAGGCCCUUUAGGCACAUGGUUUCAAGUAUAUGUGUUCCUGGUAUGCCUGAUAAACAUGUUCAACUAAAGAUAUUGUGCCAGAGAUCAUUCUGCAACAUGCCUGAUGACAGCUCUGAUGAAUUUGAGUACACUUCCAACCCCAGUUUUACUCCAGAACAAAGCGACAAGAUCCUUGAAUGUUUCAACAUCUGGCCAGCUGACAGCUUGAGCAAUCUCAAAUAUUUCAGUCAACUCAAAGCCGACACUUUGGUUGAAUAUAGAGAACAAUUUGGUCUGUUUGAGAAGAUUUCUGAUGUACAGUCUGUCCCUGGAUUUGGUGUCCUUGGUUUGAAGAAGCUAUGCAAAGCUAUCCUUGCUAAUGAAAUGAAGGUGAAAAAAAUAACCAGAAAGUCGGGACCAAAGUCUACAGUUAACUCCAUUUGCCAUCCUAGAAUUCCUGCCAGUAAAUGUCUGGGCAUUUCUAAUGUGAUGGCGCUGGACCUCCAGCAAGACCAGAUAUCCUGGGUGCAUAUGGACAAGCACAUGUGUGUACUGGACUGGCAUCAGACGGUCAUAUUUGAUCAUCCCCCUACUCGGUAUGAUCAUGCUCUCUGGCAUCAAAAGAUCAGCAGUGCUGUGAGCAGGCUGCCUGAAGCUGAUAUCUACCUUUUGGAGAACAGAAUCUACAGAUAUCCAAGUUUACGUGUUGUCCCCUUCAUAACGGCAUUGAGGAUUAUCGAAUCUAUUGUCAUUACGUUAUUAAAUAAGGAUUACCAAGAGACUGAGAAUCACAACGUACACAUGAUGAAACCACAUUCAAUAGCAGGUCACUUCAACUUGAACAUUGGCGGUGAAAGAGUCAGUGGCCAGCAUAUUGUCAGAGACAUUAUCAAUAGAUCAUCUACUUUAGCUGGUCAAGUGACCGUCAAUAAUGAACAUGCGGAUUAUUUUCUUGGACUCGAACAUCAAAAUCAGGAAAGUUUAUCCCGUGCUUUGCUGCUUAGUAUUUUGUUCUAUCAAAAAGUUGUUGCUUCCACGAAGGCUGAACAAUUAGCUGAAGACAGUAUGCAAGAUAAAGAUGAGACCACAGUGUCAUGAUAACUAAAAUGUACAGGUUGUGCUUUUGGUUGUUCCAUCCUAAAUUCCUCUGACUCUGCAGAGGAUAAUCUGAACUUUCCUGUUUUGCAACGCUGAAGAAAUUCAAUCUACCAGUGGUUUCACGGAGGUAAAUAAAUGAUCUAAUGAUAAUGAUACAAUGACUUUCCUUCUUGGUGUUCUGAUCGUCUCCGAGAUUGUGGCGAUGAAAAAAACAUGACAAUUGUUUGGCGAAUCCCAGCAUUCAGGUUGUGACUUUGUCUUCAAAAGACCAAUUUGGGAUGAAUAGUGAUUAUGACUACGCAGCACAAGGCCUGUGGAUCAAGAUGAUUUCUCAUAACUUUCCA